GGGUGACGCCGGGAGUCCCCCGGUCCCGCGCCGCCGUUUGAGGGGCGGAGCCUCCUGGAGACCCCGCCCAGCCCCCGGUGCGGGGCCAAAAGCGGCGGGAGCGGAGCAGGAGGCGCCGCUGCCGCCGGGACCCGAGCGCAGGGAGCCGAGCAGCCGCGAUGGCUGAGGAGCUCAGUGAGCUGCUGAGGGAGUUCGACGAAGUCAUGGAGGACUUUGAACGUGGCCCUGCCAGUCAGUACCAGCAGCACCUGGAGGAGCUGAAGAGGAAGGCGGGACAGAGUGUGUAUGACAGUGGCAUCGAUGAGCUGGAGAGUGCCAGCAUGUCCCCAGGAAGCAGCCUCAACUCCAGUGAGGAGCACCUCAACAGCCCAGCUGACACUUAUCCCACCAAAGCAAAGCUUGGAGACACGCAGGAGCUGGAGGAGUUCAUCGCAGACCUGGAUAAAGCCUUGGAGGAGAUGUGAGCUGUGCGGUGGAAUCCGGAGAGGAGCAGCCCCAGCCCUGAGUCUCCCUGAUGCUGCCUCUGCUUCUGCACCCCUGGCUGGGGUGGGGAUGGCUCCGGGGACAGGGACGGGCAGUGGGGACGGACCCGGCCACGGGACGACGGUGGCAAGGCCCUGCCAGCGCCAGGAGGGGACAGCCCUGGGCAGGCACCUGGCCCUGCCCGCGUGGAGUCUGGUGGCUCUGGGGACCAAGGGGUUUGAGGGGGGAGCUGGGCUGCUGCUGAAGCCCCCACCGUGAUUUUGGGGAAGAUCAGCUUGCAGGACAUCAACGUGAUCUCAGCAUCCCCCCCUGGCUGGGAAGCCUGAUUCCUUGGUGGCAUCUGUCACUGCUGACCUUUGCUUUGCAUGGGGAGCCCCAAAUCGGGCCCCUCUCUGCCCCCCAAGUGCCUCUGCCCCAGCUGCUGCUGUAAAUACUGUAAAAAAUAUGUUUUGUGCUGUACAGAGGGGACAUGGUUCUGUGAACAGGAUUUUAAACCUC